GAUAUUCGUGGGAUAGAAGAAAAACAGCAGUAGUCCCUACUCCCUCUAUAUAUUAUGUAUGAAACAUACCAACUUUUCUGAUCUCUGUGAAAAAAAUCCCCAUUGAAUUUCAUAAACAAAACAAUAAAAAGGUUGUUUCUUUCCGCCGCCUUUUUCACCGUACCACUUCUGCAAACUCGUUCUCUCUACUUCUUUUUCGUCAGAACCGAACACAUACACAGACACACAAACAGUCUCUCUCUCUCUCUCUCUCUCUCUCUCUAUGUGUUAAUCUUUGAGUUCAUUUUUUGUGGGAGAAUUCUGGGUUUUCUUUUUUUGGUGCCAUGAACGACAUGAACAACAGUUCGGUGGUGGAGCAGAAGCAGGUGGCAGUAGCUGUGGAAGAGGCAGAAAUGGGAGGAGAAGAAUCUGGGCCGGUAGUAGUGGGCUCCGAAAAAGGGUUGUCGAGUCCAAUUGACUUGGGAGAAGUGGGGAAGAGGAGGAGGGGACGGCCCAGGAAGUACGAGGUUGAUGGGAAAAAGGUGGGCCCAGUGUCGGAGAGCCCGUCCAAAAGGUCACGAGGAAGAGGAAGGCCCCGAGGUUCGGGGAAACUGCAGGCCUUGGCGUCUUUGGGUGCAUUUGCUGCAGACACAGCUGGAGGAAACUUCACUCCUCAUGUAGUACCCAUACAAACCGGUGAGGAUAUUGUUAGUAAGAUAUCAUCAUUAUCUCAGAAGGGUCCCCGAGCAGUUUGUAUUCUUUCUGCUACUGGUUUGGUCUCCAGUGUGAUAAUUCGCAAACCUGGUUCUUCUGGUGGUAUUUCGAGAUAUGAGGGUCGCUUUGAGAUAUUGUCUUUAUCUGGAUCAUAUACAUUUGGUGAAAUGGGUGGCGUUCAUCGCAAAAAUGGCAUGUUAAGUGUUUCACUUGCUGAACCUGAUGGUCGGGUCUUUGGUGGUGGGAUUGCAGGUGCACUAAUUGCUGCUGGACCUACUCAACUCAUCAUUGCCAGUUUUAAGCAAAAUAUCAAUAAGGAAAUAAGAAGGAAGCACUCCCACACUGCUCAAAAGAAAAGGAAGCACUCAGUUGAGUCCAACGCUGCUGCCAGCAUUCCUCGUGUUUCAGAUACGGGGAGAGUACCGAAGCAUAUUGCUAAGAUAUCUGAUGGUGAUGAUAGUUGCACUACCCCAACAUCUGCACUCUUGGAAUCGGUCUAUGGAAGGGCACUUGAUAUCCUUGCCGGGAAGCAAAACAUGACCCCUGCUUCUUCUCUACAUAGUGCUGGUCAGAAUGCCUCGGAUCCCUUGCAGCAGAUGCAGACCAAGUAACAUCUCCUAACAUCAAUGCCAGUAUCCCUCGGAUAUAAAGGGGGUUACAGUUGCUAAUUGAGGAAGACGGGAGAAAUAGAAAGCAGCUUGCUUACUUCGAAGGGGGUGGUGAUUGAAGAUGCUUAUUAAUAAAUGUAAUUUAUAUUAAACGUCUGUUAUUUACUUCUUUUGCACUUUAUAUGAAAGGUUCUCAUUUACUUCCUGACUUGAAUUGAAUACCAUGAAUAAGGCAUUUGACAAGGUAUUGGCAAUUAUUGCCAAUCGGGACAAUUGGCCCUCUCUAGUUCUAAAAAUUUUGAUGCUUCUAGAAUAGCAUAUUCAAGGAUUCCAUACUUUUUUCCCCUGCAA